AUGGAUUCAUCUCAGUCCAUACGAGAAGUCUGUGCUGUUCCAGAUUCUCUCUUCGCUCGUUCGGACGAGGAGCUGAUUCAACUUGUGUAUAAGCAGUUCCCGGGGGAGAUUGACCGUCUGCGGCGGGCAUACUCUAUCCGAGAUAGUCCCUGGACCCCUCCUAGUACUCCAUCUCCAUCCUACAUUUUAUACAACGAAAACUCCGAUGAAGCAAACCGCACCCUUGUGGGGCUUCUAGCACUCCGCUGGAUUCAUACGGGUCAAUAUGAGACCUUCAUCGGUAAAGACCCGCAGUUGGCGUCCGACUGCUGCGCAAAGACUGGUGUGGACAUAUCCACUCUCAACCACGACGCCAUUCUCCUCGCGGCCUGUAAGGCCGGCAUAGUUCCAUCGCUGGAUCAGCUUCCAGACCAAGAUAGGGACGAUGUGCUCCGGGCGAUUGAGCUUGAUGCGACCUUCAACUUUGGUCAACUGGCACAGGCAGAGAACGCACCGGCCUGUCUGUCUAGCCUACCCCGCAUGAAGGGCCACGACCGUAGCUUCCGACUCCGCUUCAUGGAGCAACUGCUUGACAUCGCCGGUGCCGCAGGCCACAUGGACUGGACAGGUGCGAAGAAACUUGUCCAGCCUAUCUUUGAGUCUUAUCGCAAUGUCUAUGAUGUAUGCGAUGGUGUCAUUGCGGGCACUCUGACUGUGCGCAGUGGGUAUGACCUGAUAUUGAUUCGACGUGCAAAGUUUCUCUGCGACAAGGGUGUGCGGCAAUUCCAAAUGGAACAGAAUCCAGAAGAUCAGGCGUUGAUGCGGUUGUUCUGUAUGGGUAAUAUGACUACCCAGGAAAAGGCGCUCUUGUAUGAGGAUGCAUGGCGUGCAUUGGAGGACCCGGUCAGGGAGACACUAGCAAAUGCCCUCAAUCUAGACGGCCGAAGGAGCGAGCCUGCGGUCCAGCCGACAUAUAUGCCUGCUCUACUUUGUCGGAUACGGGAUGUGAAUGCUUUGGUGUGUACCCUGCAUUACCUUGCCCAGGUUAUGAGCACAACGGACAUAGAAGACCCUUCGGCGGUUGUUAUCGAGCGGAGUGUGUAUUCUGUUUUAAAGCAGUUUGUUGAGAGUGAUGAGUUCAAACAAGAUCCGACUAUCUUGGAGAGGGUUGAAGUGCCUGAGGGCGUGGUUGCUUUGACCACAGUCUUGCUUUGA